AUGUAUCGUAGCAGAAAUCCAGGCUGUGACGACAAACCACACGUAUGCCAAACGUGCGGUUCCAGGUACAAGUACAGACACAACUUGCGACAGCAUAUGAAAGCUCACACCGGUGAAACUUUCUGUGAAAUCUGCGGCAAGCAUUAUUCCAACAAGUACAAUCUCUCCGUCCACAUGCGCUUCUCCAAUUUUCUAAAGUUACGGUCGUGUUCUGUGUUUGACCUAGGCUCGAGAAAUGCGAAAGACUUGUGGACGUACGAUUGGGGCUCGAAAAAAUACGUGUGCACCGUCUGCGGAGCUGCGUACAAACACAAACACAACCUUUUGGGGCACCUCCGAGCCCACACUGGCGAGACCUACUGCGCUUUCUGCGACAAAGUGUACUCGACCAAAGGCAAUUUCGACACCCACAUGACCACCGUCCACAGGCGCAAACCCUCCGUCUCGGGGUCGCAAUCACUCGAAAUGUCAUAAGGAGAGUGACUGUGUUUGACAGGAGACCGUACAAGUGUGAUAAAUGCAAUAAAAGUUACGCUCAUGAUAAGAAUCUUAUCAAUCACAAGAAAGCGCACACCGGGGAUACAUUCUGCGAAUUAUGUAGAAAGGUCUUUUCCAACAUGGCGCAUUAUCGGACGCACAUGCGGGGAGCUCACUCGAUUGAAGUUCUCAAAGUGAAAACCCUUCCCGCCGAAUUCCUCUCGUAAUUGGCUAUGUUGUUUAAUUUAUUUUUUACUGUUUUUAAAAUUAUUGACGCUUCGUCCGGAAGACCAGUAGACAAAGAGCGAAUUGAUACAUUCUGUUUCACGUUUCUUAACCAAAAUUUGAAGUAGAGCACGACCCGCGAUUGUCGAUCUCAGUAAUUUCCCUCAGACGAAUCGCGUUUUACGUGAAAUUGGACGUAUUUAUGCUAAAAGGAACUAAGUUUUAGCAUAAAUGCAUCCAAUUCUGGGAAAGAAACGUGUAAGAGAACGCUUAAAUUCGUACCUUGUCUCCUGGUCGAUUCCAGUCUCUUGAUCUCAUGGCGAACUUAAAUCGGACCACAUUUUGCAAUAUGGUACUGCCAAUUCUGACUUAUUUUAGAAACAACGCAUGUGCCAUGGUUUCUCCUUGCGAGGUGGUGGUUUUGUAAUGACCCAGAAGGCAGUUCCUCAUCGAAAAAUGUAAUCCAAUUGAUUUGCAUUUUGCCAAAAGGAACCAAGAGCAUUUCUAUGUCGCUAGGAUUGUGCAACUUACAUUUUUCGCAAAAAAUUACUAAAAUCAUGCAAAGAAUCUAAUGUAAAAAGGUAAUUUUUGUCUCGAAUUCAUAGUUUGUUGGAAGUCAAGAUAAAACUUGUUUGGAUGAUAAGUUUACACUCGCGAGGUAAAAUAGUUGCACAAUCUUAGCAACAGUGGAAUGCUCUUGGUUCCUUUUUGCAAAAUGCAAUCCAAUUAGAAUUUGAUCUUCUGUAUAACUUUAAUUAUUAAAUUUGUUACCCGCCUAUUCAGUGGCGAUUCUGCAAGCUGGCAACGCUGUUUCCCUCCAUUUAGAUCCGUUAAAAAUAUAGAUUUAGGUAUGCCUCACCAAGAAUUGAUCAUUUUACAUACAUUUAAAUGGAGAGAAACAGUGUUGCCAACUUUCAAGAAUUGCCACUGCGCCUAUUUGUAAAAUGAAAUGGAAGGUUUUGUAUUUAAGCAUCAUCAUCUUGUUCCUUAUUUUUGUUUUGCGAUCUGAACGUUCACUCGAUUUUGUAAACAAUCUAUCCUCUAUGAUUCUUAUCAAUUCUGUAUAUUCUCACCUUUAAUGAUUGUAAUUCCUUUCUUCCUCCUGAUCAUGUCUCAAACAACUCUUACGUUACUACUUAGUCUGUUCAAUUUUAAACGAACUGUCACUUAAAUAUAAUUUUUUUGUAUUUUCUGAAAAAUGAAUGAAAAAAAAUAAACGGAAGUUUUCCUCACCUUCUAUUUUCAUAAGGAUUUGCCCGUA